GAAGGUCACUUCCGGGCACGUGCUGUUAUUAUCACAGGAACGCAAGUUUGCAGUUGCAGUAUUUCUGCAAACACCUACAAAUUUAGUGUAAAAUUUGUGCCGCAGUGCAUUAUGAUUGGAAACAAUAGGGAUGUGUUGUAUUUUUAAAAAAUGCGUUAUCAAAACAACACUGAUAGUAUGGGUUUGUGUGGUUAAGUUAAAAUAAAAAAAAAGUCAAAAAGCGUGAAAAACAGUCCGUACACAAGUUUUAUCGGACUUGCGCUAUGUAACUGAAUAUUGAGGAAUUUUGUAUGCAAAUUAGUUCGGUGUUUAGUCGAAUGCCUGAAUUCGUGUGGGCUAACCCCCCAGUGCUGUUUUGCGUGACACAUGCGUGUGUCCUUUGUGCAUCGUGUGGAGAGUAGUGGAAGGGGAACAGGAGGCACGGGUCAGUGGUAGUAAAGGGAAGCCCCCACGUGCCACUGACCGCCAAGGAGAUCUUUCAAAUUAAGUAUGUUAUCCGGUCCAUGGAGAACUGUUUGAUUUAUUAUUAUUAUUAUUAUUAUUAUUACAUUUUUGCCGUUUUAUUUAUUUUGAAAUUCCAUUUGGAAAUAAAACACUUACAGGGACACUGAGAAAAUACUUAAAAUGUACGUGCAGCGUAUUGUAGUGUGUAAUGAAUCGUCAGUAUUAAAAGUCCCAGUGUAUUACACAGCAAAGUGUAACGGAUUAGAAAUGAGAUGUGAGAUAUACUUUGAAAUUACAGCAGACAAACCAGACUUUUCCUUAAAGUCUUAUGGAAAAUGUCUUCACUAAACCAGGUGAAUAUUAAUAAUAUUUUUAAUAAGUUAAAUAUCUGUAUCUUUCGAUCGGAUGGAUAUUGCAGCAAAUAUGAGCGAUGCGUAGUCCAGUACAACACAACGUACAUAACUGGGUCAAAAAUGCAGUCGACAGCAGCAUCUUCAUCAGACAAAAUUCGUUGAUGGGGAUUAAUCCGGGGAAUUUGUAAUGCUGUGUUAGACAAAGUUAUGAGGCAUCGUGAGGAAUGAGAUCCCGUAAACUGCAACGAUGACAUUUUGCAAACACGACAGUGACAGAAAGCAGCGUCCUCGAAAAGCAGGGAUGCACCGGGCCACUCCCUACCUCGCGCUCCGGGGAGCGGCGCGUGCGCUCCUGUGCACACGCACGCAGACGCACAUUCGCAUUGCCCAGCUACACAGUCCGAUACAGCAGUCAUUCCGUUUAGAGUAACCUUGUACUGAUUCUCUCUGGACGGACGAUAAUUGCGAUCCACCAGAACCAGCAGCGUGUUACUCUGGGUGAUGUGUGAUUACGAAUCGCAAGAUCGGGGGGAGAUUCUGUGUCGAUCGCGAAACAAGUGUGUGAAUGGGGGAGAAAACGAAAGGAUGUCCUUAAUGUGUUAAAAUGCCAGCCCGUAAGAGCCACGAGUUCAUAUUGCCUGGGAUAUGGACAAACAGACUAAACUGAUAAGGAUGAAAUAGACAUUUUGCCCGGUCAACUCCCUCUUUUAUCAGCAUCAGUUCUCGUUCACUUGUCUUAGAUGCUGCAGAUCUGCUGGAAGCGCGUGGAUUUUAAAAAUAUAACAAAUAUGAAAUUGAAUUGACGAGGGACAUAAGCGAUGACAGGGAAAGACUGGAGACUUAAAACAGAUAAACUCGUCUUUGAGUUCAGAUGUGCGCCUCAUUUGUGUCGAGCAGAGAUUAAGUGACGUUCAGUCGUGCGCGGAGUAUUUGCUGGUGCCGUCGGAGUUUGCGGCGCUCUGCAGGACUCCGGACUGCCGAAUUACCAUCUUCUGCUUUGCGGCUAUGCAGCGGGCACCUUCCAUCGCGCUCUUCCCUACAUGAGGGCUCCUGUCCGGUAGGACUAGCAGCCAAACAGUCCUCCUGCAUUUCGCCGCGAAAAGUAUCGCUGUUGUGAGCAUCUUCGUUUGGACUGAAUGCUUGUUUGCAAUGCGCGGGGCCGCUUUUUCACGCCAAGCAUUGGAAUAUUUGCAUGCUCGGUUUUCUUCUCAGAAUCCGCUUUCCCCAGCACCCCUCAGAUCAUUACUUUCACAAGGAACGGAUGAUUUAAAAGUUCUGGAUUAUGCAGGGACUGGGUGGGUGGAGAUAAUGAUAUGGACUUUGUGACGUCCUGUUGUGAGAUCCGGACAUUAAAAGAGAACGUUAGGGUACAGUUAUCGUAUUGUGGACAGGGUAGCGUUUAUUACGCGUUUACCAGCAAAUUAACUCAGGUGAGCUUUUCUGUAAUCCGGGAAGAGGAUUCAUAAGGGUACCGUCGCCCGAUGGGGGGCAGGUGGCGGGCAUGACGGCGCUGGGUGUCACGUGGGGCAAAACAAAAACAAUCACACGUCCACUGAAAAGGCUUACAUUAAAUCCUAUUAUGCGGAUGAGCCGUUGAACAUUUUGCACGCUUUUUAAAAUGCAUGGGAAAAUGCAAACACUUAAUGUAGGAUAUUAAGAAAGUAGUUUGCAUGAGUUGCUGGCAAAGCAGGGGGGGAUUUUUCCUGCAGGACAUCAUCCAGGACACAUUAUGGGAACCAAACAGACUAAGGCUGCCGGGCCAGAGUCUGGAGCGACUCCGCAGCACAGCGGUUGGAAGCGGACGCCGACCAAAGAGCGGAGCGACGCCUUCGCCUCUUUCAUGCUGAGGUCGGGGGAUCGGCUGGGCCGAGGCGGGACUCCUCCCCCCUACCAGCGACGUAUCGGCAUGAUCCAGGAGAUGAUGGUGAUGGCCAAGCAGGGAAAACAAGACGAGGCCACAGAAAUGUUAAAGACGCUUCGACAGGACCUGGGCAUGGAGUCCACGUCCCUGGACGACGUGCUGUACCGCUACGCCAGCUUUCGCAACCUGGUGGACCCGAUCACCCACGACCUCAUCAUCAGCCUGGCCCGCUACAUCCACUGCCCCAAGACGGAGGGGGACGCCCUGACAUCCAUGGAGAAGGUGUGCCGGCAGCUGACCUACCACCUCAGCCCCCAUUCCCAGUGGCGACGGCGGGGCCUGCUGAAGAGGAAGCCCCAGGCCUGCCUGAAGGCGGUGCUUUCGGUGCCCCCUGCUGGUGACACCCUGGAUCUGUCAGGGAUCCCCCUCACUGCGCGGGAUAUGGAGAGGCUGUGCGGCUAUCUGCAGCGGCAUGCAGCUCGGCUGCGUAGCCUGGAGCUGGGAUUCACUGAGCUCACGGACGACGCCUUCCUGCUCCUGCUGCCCGGCCUGGCAGCCCUGCCUCGCCUGGAGACGCUGGCCCUUAACGGCAACCGACUGACACGCGCCGUGCUGCGCGAGCUCACCGACGCCCUCAAAGACCCAGGCAGCUUCCCCAGUGUCACCUGGAUCGACCUGGGCAACAACGUGGACAUCUUCUGCCUGCCGCAGCCCUUCCUGGUGAGCCUUCGUAAGCGCUGCCCCAAGCAGGGCAACCUGCCCACCAUCCUGGAGUUUGGGGAGAGCCAGGCUAGCGAGCCCGAGAGCCGGGCCGACGGAGACCAGGAGGGAGAUGAUACCACCAGGACAGAGAGCACAGGAGAGCUCCGUUCUGAGGUGGAGGGAGAGAUGGGCGGCGAGACGGAGAUAGAGGAGAUGCUGGAGGAACUGCUGGAUUUCGACCGGGAGGUGCAAGGGAGGGAGGAUGAGAUGGAGGACGAGAUGGAGGACGGCAUGUGGAUGCUGGGGAGGCGGGGGGAGUCCUCCAAGUGGCAGAGGAGGGGCACGCAGAGAGCAACCAAAGCCGAAGCAGAAGAAGACAGCCAGAGCUUCUCGUCUCGGCUCUCCUGCUCCAGCCAAUCACAGCAGUCCUUUGAACCUGCUGAACCAAUGAAAGCAGAAGUGGAGAACCAGCUGAUUGGCCACAGCAGCAACCAAACAUGAAAAUGCCGUGGAGAAUAGUUCUUGUUUUUUGUCCCUCCAGUGCUCUGUGAGAAACGCAUGAAAAGGAAACCAAAGAAAAGGAGACAGGAGGCUUGUCCGUCAUCUCCAAGUGACGUCCAGAGGAGAUGAUGUGAGGACAUCUGACAAGAUCUGCUUACGAUCAUUAUUACUGUCUGUAGCAUUAUUUCAACCUGACACGUGUGUAAUAUAUACUAAGAAACGUCUGAUAUGCCAGUUAACAAGUGGAGGAGCAGCUUUCUUCCACCUGCAGCCGUGCAUGUCCUGCGAGGGACCGUUGCAUGGCCUAGAUCUUCCGCGCAUUCCUGCUGUGUGUGCCGGCCUCUUUGGGUGGGCGGGAGGAGCCCUGCAGCCGUAGUGCGACACAGCUCUCAUUGUGGGCGUGUGUCAGCCAUGCACCGAGCGGCGUGAGAAUGUGCCAAAGUGCCGGGGGGAGGAGGCGGCGGGGGCGGGGCCAGAAGAUCCGGAAGUGACAUCAUCACACUAUACAGGGCCUUGAUCCGGAGGUUUGUGCUGGGGAGGCGAAUGAGGAAGGAUAUCAUGGUGAUCUUAGAACAGCUGUUUGUCCAUAUAUGAAUAACAAAAUCUGAAAAAUAAUUUGACAUGUAAUUUAUAUGUUACACAUGAUAUGCACACAGUAACGUUUGUUUUUCAAAAAUGUUUUAUAUUACACUAAGUAUUUUUUGAUAAGAUAAUUUAUGUUUUAUUGUCUUAAGACUAUAUUCUAUCCACAUGUUUGUACACAUCCAUGAUGAUUUCUGAAUUGGUGAGAGUUAUACAGGUGUCCACAGGUGUCCUGUGCAGAUUUCCCUGUCUCCCUUCUCUAUUUCGGUUUGUUUGUUUAAUUAUUUAAUACAUUAUUGAUACGGAUGGUACCAUUUUGUCUGUGUGUAUUAGACGAUAUAAUUUUAUCUGUGUGUGUUCUCUGGUUCAUAAGCCGAUCAUUGCUUACCAAACAUGCUUUUCUUUUAGAAACAUGCUUUUACAUCCCGUCCCUUUUCAGGGCUCCUUGCAGCCCAUCUGCCUCACAUCUUAACAGGAAUGCAGUUCUGGUCCCACCCACCACUGUGCCUGUCUGUCCACUUCAGCUCGCACCCAUCCAGACAUGCCCAUCUGCACUUACAGGCCCAUCAGCCUUGAAUAUGCCGCUGUACGAAAGUAGAAAAUUCAGAAGGUCAGCUUAGAAGAAGAGAGAGAAGUAAAUAGUGAGGCAGAGGUGUUAGGGGAAAAAAUACAAUGAGAGAGGAGCUCGGCCAGGCGUGCGGACGGGGACAUCCACAGGCCCACCUGGUUCUGCUUGCGGAGAACAAUUUUCGUCCAGCUACUUCCUCCAACAGGAAAAAUAUGCUGUUAUCUGAAAAAUGUGCAUAAAUAUGUUUUGUGAAUAGGAUGAAAUAUCAAACGACAAACGUGUGACAGAGAAGCAGAAGUGUGAGAAUCCCAGGUUCUCUUAAGGCCUGUGCGCGGCCUCCCGAGUCUCUUCAUACUGUGGCAUUUUCCAGUCUGCUGCAGGGAAUGCGAUGCGCGUAGGAGAUACAUGUAACAAUGAAGCUCUGCUGGCCGUUCAGAAAACAAAUUUCUUGCUGUUAUGCCAUUUAAAAAAAUCAUUAAAAUGAGAUGGAAUCCUGACUUGCUGUUAAUAUAGUGCAUCUUUACAAGCAAUUUGCAAAAUGCCUGACAGUAAUUUAUGGAUUUUUAUAGGUCAUUGAAAAACACCAAUUUUGGUAAAAAAAAAAAAAACUGAACAUUAUUCCCUGACUCCUUAAGCAAUGGCGAUUAAGGAGUUUUCCUGAAAUACCAAGUACAGAUGGGAAAUGUAGUAAAUGGUACACAAGGUGCCCUGAUUAUGGAGGACAGCAACCUGAGCUGGAGAAUGAGGAGGAGGCACUCCAGCUUCAGCCGUCACCCUGACAGCCUGCGGCGGACCGGCUGCCCCCCGGUGCAGUGGACGGCCCCCUGGCUUGGGGAACAUCUUGCCCGCUUUGGUUCCUGAGCUCACUCAUGCUACAAGGCAGUGACCGCUCCCACUUCUCCUCAAAGCAGCGCUUGCUCCAACCCUGGGGGCGGCAAGAAACUUUUCAGAGUCUUUCUUUAAUUGUUAUUUAUUACGCUCCAUGUGAUGUUUUUAUAAUUCCUAUUGGGCUCAUCAUGAAAAAACUUUUAUUUCCCCCAGAAUCAGUGUUUAGCAAAAGAUAACUAAUGGAAAUGCAUGAUUAGGCAUGAUCAGCAAAUAAAAUAAUCUACCCAUUUUAUUUCAUUCCCUCUCUCGCUAAAAGACACAUGUGACUGGAGGUUCACUUUUAAAAUUUUUAUUUGUUAAUUCGGCACCAGGAUGAGGGCAGAGUUUUCUCUAAAGGCACAAUCAGAGAAUAUUGAUCUGGCUAAACAACUGCCAGGCUAAAUAUUUGAAGCACAUCGUUCAUCCAUUUGCCCUGAACCUGCUGAAGUGAAUCAAUGGAUGUCAAACUUUCUCUCCAUCAAUAAGAUUCAGCUGGUUUACAGUCCUUGAGAUCAAAAUAAAGAUUAUAGAAAUACUGCUGUAAAUUGAAGGUUUGUUUCAAGAAACCUUCAGAAUCUCUGCCUAUUUUCAGUCAUCCAUUUUCCCCUCUUAAAAACUGAAGCUCUAUAUAGGGAAUGCAAAUGCUCCUGGGUCAAUAGUCACAGAGGUCCUACCAGAUAGAGGCCAGCAGAACCAGCAGUGCUGUGCAGGUGAUACCAAAACUGCGUCGUGACGGGUCAUGCAGUGGACCUUGGUGUGAGGCAAGCCCAUUAAAUCAGCAUCAAUCAACUGGCUCUCAUUUCACAUGGCUUUGUAAUCUUCACUUAGCAUCUGAGCAAAAUCAUUAAUCCCCGCUUUUCUGUGACAUUCAUGCUUCCUGUAAGCUUAUCUGAUUAAUUACAAUUCCACAGAUCAGUUAGGAGUAAUAGAUUUUCAUGAUGGUAGUCAGGGAACCGGCACUUCGCAAAGUGUACGUCAAGGGAGGCAUCCAUUUCAGCAGGAAGACGCCAGAAAGCUGUUACCGAGAGACUGUCGCCGUGGAAACACCUCCACCUGGGAUUAUGAAUGCUAUGGAUGAUUUUUCAUGAAGGUAGGUCUAGCCGGUACACCUGAAUGCCGCAGUUCCUCUGUCGAUGACUUUUAAAAGUGGAACAUAGUUUCCGGAGACUCCCCGUCCUGAUUGGUGCCUCCUCUGUAUGUAGGGAGGGGGUCCUGGCUGGUCUCAUUUUGGCCAGACAGAUGCCAGACUGAAAACCUCCAGCUACAGGUGUCCUUACCCAUGCAGCAUCGCGCUCUGUCUCGCCACCUUUCCUAAUCGGGCAUUUUCAGCUCACAUUUCCGCUCUGUCAGUACAUUUUACUUUAAUAUAUUAGUUUGCAUUUGUAUGACUGAAAAAAAUCAGGACUCCUUCUUGGAAUUGUAAAUGAUAUUUAUAGGAUGUUUACAUGUAUACAGUGUACUAUAUGCUGAAAGAUGCUAAAGUUUGCAGAAGAUUUCGGUUCACAUGUAGCAUUUGAAAUUAGAUUACUUUAUACUUAAAACAUCUGAAAGCUUUUGAAUGAAAAUAAGCCAUACAUUUGUCCCUCCAUCCAUCCAUCUUUCAAUGGAUAAUCCUGGUCACUGUCAGCUCAGUCAUUGCACACUGCAUUACUUCACUUAGUCUGUACACAUAACCAAAUUACAUGCAGACCAAAUCACGGGAAUGUGUGCUGUGUCAUGCAGGUGUUAUUGAAAAUGUAUAGUUCUAUAUACCCCAAUAUCUAUAUGUAUUUCUGCUGUUUGUGUAUAUAUGUAUACAAUGUAUAAUAAAUGGAUGGAUGUAAAUAAAAUUAUCACGCUGAUGUAUUAAAAAGGCCAAAAAUAUAUAAA